AUGUUGAAGAGUGCGUCUAAAGUUACAAUUAAUACAGGAAAUGUUCUAAAUCUGAUUGAUAUUAAGAAAAAAGCUGGACAAAAUGUGACUGAAGAGUUAUCAGAAAGCAUUAAAUUAACACUAUCAGAAUGGGGAACACAGAAUGGACAUGCAUUACCAAACGGUUCAAAUGCCAACACUUCGACGCAAGCAAAUCUGGUACUAUUGUCUACCGAUUCCAAAACCGUCUUGAACAUAACCAGACCUCAUGAUGAUGUACAGAAUAAAAUGGCCGAAGAGGAGAGGAAGAAUCUUAAGAUUGGUGUAAAGAUAUUCAUCAAUGAAGACAGUACGGCUGAUUUGAGAGAGUGUUUGGAUAGUGUAUUCUCAGCACUACGAACAGAACACAUAGAAAGUGUCAUUCUCUCCUACAAUCCAGAUAUAUUGCAUAGAGAUGACGGCAAAGAUGAAAAUCAUAAAACAGCCUUCACAAAAGCUUCACCGAUAUCACUAGGCAGCAAUGUUGCUCGUAUAUCAAGUAACGAAAUGGAGGCAGACAACGAAGCUGACGCGAGGAAAUGUGAAGCGAUAUUACCAGGGAUUAAGAUACUGUGGGCUGUGUUGGAAGAUUAUGUGAAGGAAGGUCGCGUGCUCCAAUUAGGUGUAGCGGAUGUAGGAGGUGGUUGUCUUCGUAAGCUUCACGCGUGGGCUCGUGUAAAGCCAGCCAUAGCCCAAAUAAACCUCGCCUCAUGUUGUGUGGUCCCGCCGGCGCUACACGCCUUCUGCAAGGCCAAUGACGUGCAACUCCUCACUCACGCUGACCCACCAGAUCUAUUAACAGUCGCAGCUAUUAAAGCAGUCUCUGAAGCCGGUUGUGAAACAUUGGAUUGGUGCGCAAGAUACCAGGUCCAUAUAAAAUGUAGAGGAGUUCUGGCUUUGAAGGGAUAUGUAUGCAAGGCAACCAUAGAUAAUAAGAAAUAA